AUGUCUUUUAUAUUGCGGAGUAUUGAUAUUUCAGCAACUCCAAUAAAAAUUACUGAAUACUUUUUAGAAUAUUUAAAAGUGGAUGAUACAAGUGGAAAAGGUCUUUUUGAAGUUAUUAUGAAUGAGAUAGAAAAUAUUGGACUUGAUAUUGAUAAUUUAAGAGGACAGGGAUAUGAUAACGGAUCCAAUAUGAAGGAAUCUUUUAGAGUAGAUUACUUUUUAUAUAUAGUAGACCAAGCCAUUCUUUCGCUUCAAAAUAGAUUUGAACAAUUCGAAGCGUAUGAACUUCCUGUAACAGUUGCCUCUGCGGAAAAGAAGUUUUUCAAAAUUAAAAUUGAUAAAAUCUUAUCUAAGAUCAACUAUGUCUCAAGAGAGAUUAAAUGGAUUAGCCAUUUUAUCAAUUGA